UCGAAGGCUGUCCAGAUACUAGUGAUAGGCAGCAAAGCUGCAAGCGUCCACCGAAGGCAAUUUAUUCCAAAUUAGGGUUGGUCGCCUCUUUAUCCUGGACCAAGAAAAGUGCAGAUUUGUCUAGGCACAAAGGCAUGGUCCGAUCUUUCUCGACCGGAGUUAAAUAGCGACGUCCAAGUCAUCCGAAAGAUGUCGAAGGCUGUUACAUCAACGGCCAACCAUUCUUCAUAAUUUCAGCGAUCGGGACCUUUGCUUGCCGCGAGCAAUGCCGCCGUACGCGGAUUUGGACCGCCAGAUCGAGCACCUGAGAGAAUGCAAGUUUCUACCUGAGGCGGAGGUGAAAGCCCUGUGCGAGCAGGCGCGGGCAGUCCUGGUCGAGGAGUGGAACGUCCAGCCGGUGAAGUGCCCGGUAACGGUGUGCGGGGACAUUCAUGGGCAAUUCCACGAUCUGAUCGAGCUGUUUCGGAUCGGCGGCGAGGCACCCGAUACCAAUUACCUCUUCAUGGGGGAUUACGUAGAUCGUGGUUAUUAUUCUGUUGAAACAGUGACGCUCUUAGUUGCCUUGAAAGUUCGAUACAGAGACAGGAUUACAAUUCUCAGAGGUAAUCAUGAGAGUCGGCAAAUAACUCAAGUGUAUGGCUUUUAUGAUGAAUGCUUAAGGAAGUAUGGAAAUGCAAAUGUGUGGAAGCACUUUACUGACUUAUUUGAUUAUUUACCUCUUUCAGCCCUUAUUGAGAACCAGAUAUUCUGUCUACAUGGUGGUCUCUCCCCAUCGUUGGACACAUUAGAUAAUAUCCGUGAUCUUGAACGCAUUCAAGAGGUUCCACAUGAAGGUCCGAUGUGUGAUCUUCUUUGGUCUGAUCCUGAUGAUCGAUGUGGAUGGGGCAUAUCACCAAGAGGAGCAGGAUACACAUUUGGCCAGGACAUUGCACAACAAUUCAAUCAUAGAAAUGGUCUCACCCUGGUGUCUCGGGCUCAUCAACUUGUCAUGGAGGGUUUCAAUUGGUGUCAGGAAAGGAAUGUAGUUACAGUAUUUAGCGCACCAAACUAUUGUUAUCGAUGUGGUAAUAUGGCGGCAAUAAUGGAGGUGGGAGAGAACAUGGAGCAGAACUUCCUUCAGUUUGAUCCUGCACCUAGACAAUUUGAACCAGAAACCACCCGGAAAACUCCUGAUUAUUUCUUGUAGCGUUGAUAUGCCACUCUUUAUCAGUCUUGCUCGUUCGAUCUGUUCCAGAAAAGAGUUUUGGUUGCUGCAGAUACGGUCAUUCUUUUGUUUGGGGUUUUAGCAGCUGCCGCUGCUGCUGCUAAGCGCUAACCUUCAAAAGUCUCACAUCGUGCAAUUCAAAUGCCGUGUUUUCCAAACGCCCUGCGAUACUGCCAAAAGCAUGAUCCUCUUGUUUUAUAUAUUUCCAUUCCAAGAAAUGCAAAACGCGAUUGCUUACAUAUGCUUUGUAUUAAAGUUUUGUUUGUAUCUUACUACGUUUCAUGUGAUUCAAACAAUGAUUAGGCUCCAAAAAUUCAAAAGAGCCUGUAUCUGUCGGCUCCGUGCUGCACUACUAAUUAUGUUGGUUCUGUGA